AUGGCUUCGCGCGAGCUCCUACAGAUCCUCCUCCCGGACAAUGCCUCCAUCCUCUCGGCCUCGCUGCCAACGUCGCACAAGUCCACCAUCGCAGAGCUCAUCGCACUGCUCCUCAAAGACCCCGUCAACAGCACCCAGCUCCGCAAGGUCUUUGGCGACCACUUUGACCCCGAGCUCGAUAUGACAGACGCCCUGCAGCAGGUACAAGCCGCUACUGCCUCGUCUCCCUGGCUCGUCGACAGCCGCGGCCGUCCUUGGGCCGUUCAGACGGUCGAGGUCAGCCCGGCCAACCGCGAGUGGAGCGAGGACGAGCUCAACCAGCUCGGAGACGGCCUGCUUCCUCUGCACACGGACGUAUUCUCUCAUCUCCGUGCCCUCAACGACACCGCCGACAAGGAGGUUGAUCCAAGCGCAGGGCCGCCGGCGCCCAGCGACGCUCAGCCCGCCUUUUCAGACUUCCUCCUCUCGUCUCAUCUCCACAGCCCAAGGCUUCGCCUGGUGUGUGGAGCCCCAGGCCUCCGUCUCCGCCUUCGAUUCGGCCAUGUUCCCGAGAUCUACGACGGCUGGCAGGGGCGGCUCUGGUUCCUUCCCGCGGUCCACUCGGCGGCUGCGGGCGCCAUCGGCGUGGGUGCGUCGGCCAGCGAGCUGGUGGAAGCGGUCUGCGAGGAGCUCGGCGUCCGCCGAGUGAUCUUGCAAGGCAGCAAGUCCGCUCGCGUCGUCUAUGCCAUCGCACGGCUGCCGUCGACGGCGCCAAACGCACCCACGCCGAUACCUCCGCCGCCGCCUCUUCCCGCCACCACCAGCUUGCCGGAUCUGCUCGCCGAGGAAGGGCAAGAUGCCGAGCCUGGGCUGAUGUUCACAAUCAGCGCCAGCUGGCUGUCGAACCUCGGUACAGUCGCCCACGGCUUCUCAAAGCACGCGCGACGGUCUGGUUCGACGGCAGAGGAGGCGACGAGGCCGCCCGAGGCCGCCAGCAGCGAGGCCGCAGCGGGUCCAGCCUCGCCACAGAGGUCUGCGGCGCAGCGGUCCGGCAUGCUCGGCCUCUGGGGCGCGGCCAGCGUCAGCAAGGCCACUGCGGCACUGAUGUCGAAGGGUGCCACGGCCGCUGCUGCCCCCACUUCGGCAACGUCGAACCCUGUCUCGUCGACCGGCGAUGCCGAUCUCGAUGCCUUGAUCCAGACGCUGCCCGAUCGCGGCGACGAAGACGAAGACGACGAGGACGACAGUGGGCCGGGCACUCUCAAGGGCGCUGACAGGAAGCAGCUGUUGCGGCAGCAAGGCGACGACGACGAUGGGCAAGGGCUUGCUGGCGAGGGGAGCGAUUCGGCGUCUGGUGGGACACUGACGCAUCACGCCGCCGAGGCUGCAGCAAGCCUGGCCGCUGCAGGGUCAGCCACGGGAUCUGUCCACGUGCCCGCAAAGCGCAGCCGCCAGACGCACACCACGACCGCUCGGCUGAGCCGGAUGUUCGAGGGCUGGAUCGGCAGCGGCGCGAGUGAGGCCACUUCUCCUACGGCGACCAGCGAGUCUGCGGGUGCGCCGGCUUUCCCGUCGACACCGACACCUCAAACACGGAGGGCUGUGCCCGGCACGGUGGGCCGCAGCGGCAAGACCUUCAGCGUCAGCGGUCCUCUGGAGCUCGAGGACGAUGGCCUGCAUUCGCGCUCGCCCUCCAUCGCUUCCGUUCAUGCCGCAUCGCCGACCAGCAGCGGCGUGUCGACUGUCGCAACAAACGACAGCCCCGAGGCAGAGACGCCCGAGGAGCUUUCCUCCAGGUUCGAGCAGCUCAUGAUGGACCUGGGCAUCAAAGGCACAAGCCGCGCCGCGAUGCUGGCGCUGCCCGACGAUCGGAAACGGUUCUUAAUCAAGCAGAACGAGACGGCAAAGCUGGCGUCGACCCCGACCAAGCAGCGAGCCUCGACCAGCGAUGCUGCCGCCGCCAACGACCCAGCGCACGCCGGCGCGCUGUCAGAGACGCUCAGCCGAGCCUCGAUCGUGGCCGGCACCUGGUCCAACCGCUUCAGCCUGGCCAGCAUCGCGAGUUGGGGCACCACGGAUACGAACCACAGCGGCUCGGCCAGGGGUGCGUCGGACGAUCCGGGCGCCAGCCCCUUGACGGCCAGUGACGCUCGCUUCGAUCUUUCGGCGAGCAAGGGCAGCGCACGGCCAACGGCGCUCGUCUCGGAGGAUGGCACCGACCCCGCCAAUAGCCUGACGGCCCAGAAGACUGGGGCCAGCGAGGCCUUCGGCGACCUGAAAGCCAACCACACCGGCAGCAGCGCCGGCCUGGCUUCGAGCCUGUGGAGCAGCUGGUGGGGCGCCCCGGCCGGUUCGUCUACUACCGGCGCCACCAAUGCAGGCAGCGUGUCGGACAAGAGCUCCCCAGCCUACUACGUGUCGCAGCUGCGUGAGGGCAAGCUGGGACGCAAGGACCUCGUCAAGCAUCUCCUCUCGCUCCGCGUCACGCUGAGCAGCGCCAAGCUGACGUGGAUCGAUGGCUUCCUCAACGAGGACGGCCUGGAAACGCUAGAGGAGGUCAUGCGCGUCGAGACGGACAGCUUCACGAGCAGCCUCGACGCCACCAAGGGAAAGCGGGCCGAACGGAAGGAAAUGUCGGACACCUUGCUGCUGGAGGCGGUCAAGUGCCUGCGGACGCUUAUGAACACCGAGCUCGGCUUUGAAAAGGUGCUCGAGCGACCGCUCCUCAUCAACUACAUCGCCUUCAGCCUGCGCUCGCCCUCGUACAAGCUGAGGCUGCAGGCGGCCGAUGUGUUGGCGGCGCUCUGUGUGCUCUCCCUGGCCGACGGGCACCGCCUGGUGUGUGCGGCGCUGUCGGAGCUCAAGAUCAUCGCCGGCGAGAGGUUCCGCUUCGCUUUUCUCGUCGACAGCCUCCGCUUCGACGGGGCUGACGCCGACACCUCUGGCGACCACAGCACCUCGGCCGACCUGGCCGAAUCCGAGGCGGACGAGGCGAUCGUGUGGGAGUAUCGCACGGCCGCCAUGGUGCUGAUCAAUGCGAUCACCAACAGCCCCGAGGACCUCGAGGAGAGGCUGGCGCUGCGAGACGAGUUCGCACGCCGCGGGCUCAACGAGGUCAUGGUCAGCCUGCGCUACGUCGAUCCACCCGAAGGCCUGCUAACCCAGAUCCAGGUGUACACCGAGGAGAAACAGGACGACCAGGACGAGCUGCACGAGAGGACGAUGCGGUUCGCAGAAGACGAUCCGCGCCACGCCCCGAUCUCGACGCUCGGAGAGGCCGCCCAGCUGCUGCAGAGCUCCAAGGAGAACCACGAGGACCUCUACCCCAUCGUCAUCUCCAUUCUCCGGCAUACCUCCACCAUCCUCGAGCGCGACAUCGACCACCAGUUCAAGACCGACCUGAUGUUUGUCGUCGAGAAGUUCCUUGAGCAUUCCGUCGACGUGGUCGACUUCGAUGAAGGCUGGCGCAGCUUCAUGAAGGCCUACCUCGCCAACAUCCAGCACCUCGUGGGCAAGCAGGCCAUGAUCAAGGCCAAUCGGAUGAGCGACACGAGCUCGGUGCCGAGCAGCUUCGUCGAGGAGCUCGAAGGGCUGCGGGCCAAGGUCGAGGAGCUCAGCGACGAAAAGGCGCGGCUCAAGUCGGAGCUCAACGAGCAGACGGCCGAGGUCAACACGCUGCGCAGCUUGCCAGGCGCGGCGGCUCUGCAGCGCGAUGCGGACAGGAACAGCACGGACGCACAGGCCCCAUCCACGCUGCCGAAGCGAGGCGGUGACAAGGAGAGCUUCGCCGGAGUCAUCCAGCGCCUGGUGGCCAAGGAGAAGCAGGUCAUCGAGCUGCAGGCCGAGGUCGAUCGGCUCACGUCGGCGACGAGGCCCAACGACCGAGCCGAUGGCGACGAGCGGGCCAAGCGGGAUCGCCUUGAGCGCAACCGGCAAUGGACCAACCUGAUGGAGGAGAUCGCCCGGCACAAGGUGCAGAUCGCCGAGGCUGAGGGCCAGGUUGAGUCCAAGGAGCGCGAGAUCAAGUACCUCAAGCGUGCCCUCGAGGCGGUCUACGGGCGCUUCCAGAGCGGGCUUGGCUCGCAGGCUCGGUCGCAGGAAGGUGCAGCCGCUCUCGAGGGUGGCUUGAGCAGAGCCUCAGAUGCCCUCGCAGACAGUGAAAACGAGGUCGACAUGAUGGCACGGAAGACGAUCGAUGCCCUCGGCAGCAAGGACACCGAGAUUGCUGCACUGCGUGCGGACGUCGCCAAGCUGCAGCAGCAGGCCCUCGAUGCGAUGAAGCAAGCGCAGGACACCUCUCGCCAGGAGGCCGAUGCACAAGCGCUGAAAGUCAAGGACGAGCAGAUCAACAAGCUCAAGGGCGAGGUUGCCAAGCUGCAGGCAUUGCUGCUCCAACUCCAGACCCAGCCCUUUGUGCCUGGUGCCAAUGGCAUCGCAGCCGCCCCGGUCCAUCGUCAGGCUCCCCUGCCUCCCGGCGCUCGGACGAGCGCGGGGACCUCGAUGCCGCCACCGCCGCCCGCACCGGAUGUCACCACUGCCAGUGGCAAGACGGUGAUGACGGAGAUGGACUACAGGCGCAAGGUUGCCCCGCCCCCUCCGCCGCCGCCAGCGAAGCGACGCCAGAGCGGCAUCAGCAAUCCUGCCUCGCCCACUGUCUCACCGCAGGUGACGGGCAACGGCAGGGCCAUGGCCACUUCGGGACUCGACCGUCUUGUCACUUCAAUCAGCGAAGAGCCGAAGUCGUUGGAUGCUGCCGUAGCCGAUCCCGCCCAGGCCCAAGCCUCUGCACCAACCCCGCCCCCACCACCACCGCCACCGCCCCCUCCAGCUCUCGCCGGCGCGGUAGCGUUGGACACCUCAAGUCAGGCACCACCGGCGCCGCCACCGCCGCCACCGCCUCCUCCUGCUCCUCUUGCACAAUCUUCUGCAGUCGCCGGAUCGAUGCCUACGAUGCAGCCCAGUACCAGCGCCGGGGCGGGCCCUCCUCCCCCUUCGCCGCCACCGCCGCCACCUCUGUCGUCAUCGCUGCAGGGCGGAGGGUCGACUGCCCCUCCUGCCUCGCCUCCGCCUCCACCAGGGCCGUUGGGCGGUGCACCUCCGCCUCCUCAGCCGCCCCCUGCGCUUCACGGCGCUCCGCACGGUGGCGCACCUCCGCCGCCACCACCUCCGGCGCCAGGUGGUCCAGUCCCUCCUCCGCCUCCUGGUGCACCGGCAGCUCCAAAGACGCCGCUGCUCCCUCCGAUCCCGGCCAAGAAGCGUCGGGCGCUGUUCUGGAACAAGAUCCCCAACCACGCGCUGGCCCGAACUGUCUGGAGCGAGCUGCCUACCACGCCCAUCAAUGUCGCCGAGGAGGUGGACCAGCUCGACGACUUGUUUGCGGUUGGCGCCAAGGCUCCGCCGGCGGCCGCGACCAAGGCAUCGGCGAGUACCAACAAGAAGGCUCCAGCCACGCUGAUCGAUCUGACGCGCGCACAGAACGUCGCCAUCCUCCUGUCCCGGAUCAAGCUCCCGUUCCCAGAGAUCCGGGCGGCGCUGCUGCAGAUGGACGAGAACCAGCUGAGCGUCGACAAUCUCAAGGCGCUCAAGUCGUGCCUGCCCACCACCGAGGAGAUGGAGAUCAUCCGCGACUACGAUGGAGACGUUUCGGCGCUAGGCAAGGCCGACCAGUUCUUCAAAGAGAUGCUCGGCAUCCCGAAGCUCCACGAGCGCCUGAGCUGCAUGCUCUACAUCCGCAGGUUCGAGCUCGACAUCGAGGAGCUCAAACCGGACCUCAAGAUCCUCAAGGACGCCGUCGUCGAGCUCAACGGCAGCCAGAAAUUCAAGAGCGUGCUCCACACGGUCCUGAUGAUUGGCAAUGUGCUGAACUCGUCGACUUUCCGCGGCGGUGCGGCGGGCUUCCAGCUGUCGGAUCUGCUCAAGCUGCGCGAGACGAAGCCGACCAACCCGACUCCGGCCACGCCGUCGCUGCUGCACUACCUGGUUCGGCUGCUCAAUAAGGCGGACAAGGAGCUCGUCGGCUUCCUCGACGACUGCUCGCACGUAGAGGCGGCGGCGCGCAUCUCGACGCAGACCAUCAUGCAGUCGAUCACGGCGCUCGUCAUGGGCCACGACGGCGUGGCCGAAGAGGUGCGGGUCCUGCAGCGGAUCCGCAUCUCUCCGCAGGGCGACCGCUUCCUGCCCGUCAUGGAGGAGUUCCUCCGCCACUCGACGAGCCAGAUCAAGGCACUGCAGACGGCCGGCGCCAGCAUCCAGGCCAGCCUGACGAAGCUGCUCAGCUACUACGGCGAGGACGCCACGACUACCAAGCCGGAAGACUUCUUUGGCCUGGUGGCGUCGUUUGGCCAGGCGCUGAUGCGAGCCGAGGUCGAGGUGCUCGAGGCUGACCAGAGAGCCGAGGCUGAGGAGGAGAAGAAGCGCCGCAAGGCGUUUGGCCAAGGCCUAUCGGGGGUCGGGGGGCGACUCGUCAUCCCCAAGUUUGGUCCAGAGGUGCGAGGCCCGCUCGAGGCCCUGCAAGAGGAGGCUCAGGCGCCAGCGCCCUCGUCGCCUUCGGCUGCACCGUCAUCUUCAAGCGGCGUGCCGGACAUGGUCGUCGAGGCGGAUGCGACGCAGACGACGCCGGCAGAAGAACACUCGCCGACCGACGGCAGCCUCCUCUCUCCCUCGGACUCUACCCCGACAGCCUCGCGCUUCCGAUCCUGGGGCGCCUCGGCGGCCUCCACGCUGUCCUCGGAUACCGCCACGCUCGGCCGGUCCUCUACCAUCAAGGGGCGCGGCGACGGCGCGGGCAGCGGCAACACAAAGGCCGACCCGCUUCGACGCUCGUACGGUCGAGGACGGGGCCAGCUCGACGAAGCGAUCAAGGAGCUGCGCAACGGCGGAGGACGCAAGGGCGGUCAGUUUGGGCACAGCCGCGGCGGCGAAAACUCGACCAGCUACGCCGCCAACCUGCCCCCCGGCGCCGCCAUGCUGGGCAACGGCAAGGGCACGCUGAGCGGCAGAAAGAGCCUGAAGAUCAAGGAGACGCAGAGGAGACCCCUCAGCGGCCUAUUUCUCAUCGGAGAGCCAGCCAAUCGCGAGUACGGCGGGUAG